AUGCCUUUAGCGCCAUCGUCAUCCAACAGCUUGACGCGUUUGGUGGAAAAGCUCCCAGCGCCUAUUACGCAUACCCAGUUCGAGCAAGAAGCUUUGCAGUGGAACAUCAGCAUCAAAAACUACCUCGAAAACCAUGCGGAUCUCAUCAUUGACCUGAGUAGGGCUCGCGGUAAACCCUUUCUUGCGGCCGAGCAGCUGAGCGUACUGGCUGGACAUGACGCACCCUGGCACCGUCUGUUACGCGACAAAACAAACCGGUAUAACGCGAUGCGUAUGUUGAUCGCUCGUAUAAUCGCCAAUAGAGUCGAUCCCGAGACCGCUGCCGAGACAAGCCUGCUUCCCAAGGACAUCUUACGAACAUACCAUGAGAUUGUGACUGGGGGAAAGCAGAAUCCCAACGUGCCCCUUAUGCAGAAUAUCUGGCGUGCCAUGACAAUGAACCUGGUAUCGACGACGUGCCAGACAUCCACCGCUGCCUCAUUAGCGACCAGUACCUUGUUCCCUUCCAUUCAGGAGACAGCAAAGACGAUUCACGACGCUCUUGAUCCGCUGCUUCUCCGUCGUUCCGAGCCCGAGGCAGCCAGCGAGGCCCACCCGCUGGUAGACGUCGUCGCCAAGGGCACCCUGUUGGGAUUGCACAUGUUUGAGCAGAGCAACCCCACGAGAUUCUUUUGGCAACCCAGUGGCGAGCUGCGUGAUCGGUCAUCCGAGAAAACGUUGGUUGUGUUUCCCGGCAUCAUACAGCGGAGGAUACAGCCGGGUUCAAAAGAGCCGAAGCACGAGACUGUCAUUGUCCAGCCCGUUCGUGCUUAA